CAAAUCUGAGUCUCUGACAAUAGCCAUGGCUUCAACUCUUUCCUCUUCUCCUUCACUUCUGUUGUCCUUCAAACCCAGACCCCUCAAGAAAAUCCCUCCGCCACGAGUCACGGUCCUGCCUUUGAGGGUGAGAGCUGAGGCUGGAGCCAGCAGCGGCAACAGCAAAGAUACAUCUUUGGAGGUUCAUGUCAAUCCAAGUAGCCAGGGCCAGGGAACGUCCGUGGAAAGACGGCCGGGGUCCAAGCGGCUAGCCCUGGACAUUUCACCUUAUGGAAUUCUAGACCCUCUGUCUCCAAUGAGGACGAUGAGGCAAAUGCUGGAGACAGUGGACAGGUUAUUCGAUGACGCAGUAAUGAUGACGCCAGGAUUGAGAUGGAACAGGGGUGGGGUCCGAGCUCCUUGGGACAUUGAAGAGCACGAAAACGAAAUCAGGAUGCGCUUUGACAUGCCUGGCCUCUCCAAGGAAUAUGUCAAGGUUUCUGUUGAAGACAAUUUUUUGAUUAUAAAAGGCGGCCAUGAGGCUGAGACCUCCAACACCAGCAGCAAUGAUGACGGCUGGUCCACAAGGAAUGCCUCUGCCUACCACACCCGCCUCCAACUUCCUGAUGGCGUUGACAAAGACAACAUCAAGGCUCAGCUUACCAAUGGCGUUCUUUACAUUACACUUCCCAAAAUCAAAGUCCAACGCAAGGUCAUGGAUAUAGAGAUCCAGUAACUAACUGUUUGAAAUUCAAAAUCCCAGCGCUAGUUUUUGGUUUUUUUUUGUGAGAUUCCUACUUUUAGCUCUCUUCAAUCUGAUAUGUAUAUAUACAUAUAUUAUUCAAUAAUGGCAAAUUAUGUCUCUCUUAA